CAGCGCUCCCGCCCUCCCUCCCGAGACACGAGCCGAACUGGGCGUCAGGUCGGGGAGCCGGUCGGGUUCCCGCUCGCUGUCGCCGCCGCCGCCCCCCUCAGUGUCUCUCCCGCCUCUCCACAGCAUCGGUCGUGGGAGCUGCAUCCUCCACUCAGUUCGCCUUGGAGACUCCGGCCCGGGGUCAGCGAGCCUGCGACGCGACACCCCGACACCCCCAUCACCUCCAGCCCGGGCGACCCCUCCCCGGACGGGUCCGCCCUCGCCCUCCGCGGUGCCGGAGCCCCCUGGCCCUGAGCGCCCCGCGGGCCCGCUCUCGCACUCCGGCCUCGGCACUCCCACCGCCGCCGCCCCCCACCCGGAACAUGGACUCCGACUCCUGCGCCGCCGCUUUCCACCCCGAGGAGUACUCCCCCAGUUGUAAGAGGCGCCGCACUGUCGAAGACUUCAACAAGUUCUGCACCUUCGUCCUGGCCUAUGCUGGCUACAUCCCCUACCCGAAGGAGGAGCUCCCCUUGAGGAGCAGCCCCAGCCCCGCCAACAGCACUGCUGGCACCGUCGACAGUGACGGUUGGGACACUGGUUUCUCUGACAUUACGUCCUCAGUGCCCUUGCCAGUAUCGGACCGCUGCUUCAGCCACCUGCAGCCUUCCCUCCUGCAGCGAGCGAAGCCCAGUAACUUCCUGCUGGACAGGAAGAAAACUGACAAGCUGAAGAAGAAGAAGAAGAGGAAGCGAAGGGACAGUGACAUGCCUGGGAAGGAGGGGUACAGGGGGGGCUUGCUGAAGCUGGAGGCUGCAGAUCCGUAUGUGGAGACCCCCACAAGUCCCACCAUCCAGGAUAUUCCCCAGGCCUCUGCUGACCCCUGCUCAGGCUGGGACUCUGACACUCCCUCCAGUGGCUCUUGUGCUACUGUGUCCCCGGAUCAGGUUAAAGAAAUAAAGACUGAAGGAAAACGGACUAUUGUCCGGCAGGGAAAGCAGGUGGUCUUCCGAGAUGAAGACAGCACCGGCAACGAUGAGGACAUCAUGGUGGACUCAGAUGAUGAUUCCUGGGAUCUUGUCACCUGUUUCUGCAUGAAGCCUUUUGCUGGUCGCCCCAUGAUAGAGUGUAAUGAGUGCCACACCUGGAUUCACCUGUCCUGUGCGAAGAUCCGCAAGUCCAAUGUUCCGGAAGUGUUUGUCUGCCAAAAGUGCCGGGACUCCAAGUUUGAUAUCCGUCGUUCCAAUCGUUCCCGAAUGGGCUCCCGGAAGCUGUUUCUGGACUGAUUUGGAGCUGGCAAGGAGAGGCGGGACUGGAAGGGCCUGGGCUCUGUGGCCUCCCUAGUUGAGCACAGGCCUCCUGGCUCUGGUGCGGGCAGACCCUGCCACUCAGGUGCCUAAGCAAAGGACUAGCUGUCCAGAUAAAACUGUACAUAGCCAGUGAGCAGAUAAAAUGGUGGUGAAAGCUGCUGCUCCGGCUGUGUUCUCUGUGUUGGAGGCAGACUGAGCACCAGGUCUGCUUCCCCUGAGAGUGCGGGCAUAGUCAUUGUCAGCCAGUUCCCGGCAUUGGGAGCUGCUGCUGGCUGUCAGUCCCGUGUCUCCUCUGUGUCGGGAGUGGUUCUGUUUCCCUGGCUGUGUUUAUUCUCCAGUGUUGGUCUUCUAUCACAAGUGUCUAUACAGCAGCCGUCCAAGUUGCCUGCCCCUUUGUGAUCUUACUGCCCCUGCCUCGUUGUACUAAACUGGGCUAAGGAGCUGCUUCCUUAGUGGUCUGGUGUCCCCAAGAGGAGCCCUUGGUGGUGGGUGAGCGGUGAUUCUUUGGUUUUUCACUGUUUGUUUGAAGGGACAGUAUGUAGCCACUUCUCCACAGAGUGGGGGGUUGAGGGUGGAGGUGUCCUGUGUUCAUAACUCAGUUUCUUGUUUUGCACGAUGUAAAAAAGCAAACCAUUUUUUCCGCACGAUACAGCCCGAAGUAUUGGCCAGUGUCUUCCUAGAUGCCCUUUCUCUGCCAUUGGUCCAUGCCCCAGGGUGCCCAGCGCUCUCCUCUGGAAGCCCUUGGUUCUCUGUUCUUGAGCUGCUCCAGUAGCAGCCCACAGAUGAAGCUGUCCUCGGGACCUAUGUGCUGUUCACUUCGAUAAUGGUUCAAAAGAAUCCGCCCUCCACACAGGCUGGCCUGCUGGGUUCCUGGGGCAAGGUGAGGCCGUACCUUGCAGCAGUCUGCAGUUUCCGAGGUGGGAAGGAGAGCUCUGGCCUGGUGGAGGGCUGCCUCAGCUCCCGGGACACUGGUGUCCUGGGGUUGAAGAAGAGGAGGCCCUGGCUCUGCAGUGGCCUCCUUCAGCCCUCCAGUGCAUGUUCUCGGGAGGGUUUGACAAAGCAGUGGUCCAUCUCCUAAGUACUGUUUUCUGUUAGGCCCGAGGCAGGGAGUGUCCAAGUGGGUCCCAUUUAUUCCUGUGUAGCACCUGUGCGGGGUCAUCAGGCGCUCUCCCGCAGUAUCUUCAGACCAAAGGAGCUCAGACUGUGACUGCUAAUCAGAGCCUGGAGGGGGGAGGGGGAGGGUCUCAGUAUCUUUACACUUGUCCAGUUUAAGUAACUGUCUUAGUUUUUUGUUUGUUUGUUUUUAAAAUCCUGUUGCUCAUAUUAAAGUACAGAAAAUGACUCAUUGCUGAAGCUCAGCUGGUCCCGCAGACCUCAAGGGAGAACUUGGCCAUAGAGAAGGAGCUGUUCCAGAAGGUCCUGUCCCCAGGCUAUUGUCUGACUCUGAGAGGAGUAAAUACCUAGGACAAGUUAGAGGAAUUUGCCAAAGACCCGCCCCGUGACGGUACUUGUCCAGUGUUAUCACCCCGACAAUAACCAAAGUUCCAGUAGUUUUAUUUUUUUUAAGUGCAUUUAAAAAUAAGUGGUUUUGUUAUGGACCGGUGUAGCUGGCCAUUGUUAUGUGUGCUCAGAGAUCGAUGCCUCUGGGAUACAUCGACCCUCAUCUCAGUCUGUUUGCUUGCUUUGUGUUUUUAAGGGGCGCUUUCCCUGUGCGUGGUGUGGGAAGGCAGACACCUUGGCUUGGGGGUGGACUGAGCUGGGCAGCUGGAAUCAGCUUCUUUAUGCAAAUGGCAUGGCCCUUCUAGGGGCUCCUGGUUGAUGGCUGGUGAUGUGGGGAGGGAAAGGUGUCACCCCCAAAGUAGACCUCUCCCAUCGGCUUUGGCCAGGCCAGACAACAUCGUUUACAUGGUUCUGUGUAAUUAUAAAGUUUAUGUGUAUAAAGCAAGCUGUUUCUGUGAAACUGUAUAUUUUGUAAAUAAAGAUAUUGCUACUUUGA